GGAGUCUGUUUCAAGGUAUACUGUGACAUGGAUACAGCAGACGGACCAUGGACGGUAAUACAGAACCGAGCAGAUGGAGAAGUGAAAUUUAACAGGACAUGGGAAGAAUACAAAAAUGGAUUUGGUGAUCUCAACGGAAAUUUCUGGCUGGGAAAUGAAGCUAUCCACCACCUCACCCUCAAACCGUCCUCCCUCCGGAUCGAAUUAGUCUCAGGGAGUAAUGAUGAUGGACAUGCACAGUAUUCAGCGUUCAGAGUUGGAAGCGAGAUGGAUAAUUACAGACUGAGCGUUUCCGGAUUCUCUGGUAACAUUUCCGAUGCCAUGGCUAAACAUGAUGGAAUGCAGUUCUCAACGUUCGACAGAGACAAUGAUCAAUGGAAAUGGUCAUGUGCUCGCGCUUCCAGUGGAGGAUGGUGGUACAAAAACUGCGUCCAUGCAAAUCUAAACGGCGGUAAAUACAACAAUAAGUUAUGGGACUUCUUCUACAACACAACUCAACGUUGUAGAAUGAAGAAAACGAAGAUGCUCAUGAAAACAAUCUUCUAA